UUACUGUGAUUAUUCAAAGUUGUACUUGCCUAACAAACUUCACAACAAGAUUCCUAGCCUCUCUCUCUCUCUCUCUCUCUCUCUCGAUAAAUGCUGCCCUUGUGAGAUACAGUUUUAUAUUAUUGAAGAACCCUCUCUCUCAGAUUACCAUCAAUAACCACUAGUCGCAAAAGAACUCAAAUUCAUGAACUCUGCAUUUGAUGAUCUAUCCAUGAAUGAGGAAGAAGAAAACAGCAAUGAGAGGAUGGCUAGGAGGUUUCGCAUUGACGAAGAGGUGCCUGUAGCAUACAAAUCCAAGAACCUUGUAGCUGAGAGGAAGCGGCGCCAGAAACUCAGCGAUAGGCUACUUGAGCUCCGCGCUUUGGUCCCAAUCAUCACAAAUGCAAUAACCCAAUUCCCAUUUAUCCCUAAACCCUCUCAAAUUCACUUUUCAUAGAAAUUAUAAGCUACAUUGUGUUCAUUAUCUUCUAACUUGAGCAAUUUUGCUUGAUUUUAGAUGAAUAAAGCAACCAUCAUUAUUGAUGCAAUCAGAUACGUCGGGGAGCUACAAAAGUGUGUGGGAGAUCUUAGCAACCAACUUCUUGAAAUGGAGUCAGCUUCUGUAGAGGAAGCGAAAAUGCAAAUUGACACCAUUAAUGCUGCAGAGGAGAUGAAGAAAUGGGGGAUAGAGCCGGAAGUCAAGGUGACUCAAAUUGAUGGAUAUAAGCUAUGGAUCAAACUAGUCUACGAGAAGAAAAGAGGUGGAUUCACUAGACUUAUGGAGACCAUGAGUGUUCUUGGCUAUGAAUUCACCGAUACAAGUGUCACUACCUCCAAAGGAGCAUUUCUUAUUACUGCUUGUUUAGAGGGAAGCAAUGGUGGUAUGCUUGAAGCCGAGCAGAUCAGUGAGUUGUUGUUAGAGAUUACGAGAAGCCUGUAGAACAGAAAGAAGUGAGAUUCGACAUCAAAUUAAUUAUUCCAUUACGAUUUUCAAAGGAAGCUUUUAUUUGAUUUCCCAUUUAUAUCAGAGAUUGCUUUUGCUAGUAUUCAAGUUUUCAUACGUUUAAAUUGAACCGAUAGUUGCAGAUGUUUACAUAUAUUAUUUAUACACAAUUUUUAGUGUAAUUUUUCGACCAAAAUAUGAUGGGUGAUACUUUCAAAUGAACAUUGACAAUUAGCCUGGAUAUAAAUUCAU